AUGUCAGGAAUCAUUUUAACUUACAGUUUUUAUUUCUCUCUCUCUCUCUCUCCCUCUCUCUCUCCCUCUCUCUCUCCCUCCCUCCAUCUCUCUCUCUCUCUCUCUCCCUCCCCCCCUCUCUCUGGUUUCUAUACCCGACAGUUUGACAACUAUCGAACGUUUUUCUAUCUACCCUUUUCCAGGAUGGAAUAUGAGUGCAUAGCAGUGUUAGUAGCUUCUUUUAGCGUCGGGAAGAAGCCUGCGGAAGUAAUAGCCUGGUUUGGGUUCGAGAUGACUAUGGUCAUGGACAUUUGGUGGAAGUGGAAGGCGUGUGAUAACAAGGACAAGUUUAUUGCCAAACGAAAUGCCCACAACGUUCGUUCUUCGGCUGUUAGGACCGACGAGUUCGUCGCCGCCGUCAAGGAGACAGUCGACAAUGAUGGAAGCCAGAGCUACGCCAAGAUCGCCGCUGACAUGGGCUGUCACAAGUCGCCGAUCUGCCGAAGGAUCAAGAAGGACAUUGGUUACUCCUCCUACCGCAGGUAUCACCGCAUGCUCACCACGAAUGCCUCCAAGGAGUCGAGGAAGGUUGAUUCUGUUCAUAUUUAUCUAUCUAUCUAUCUAUCUAUCUAUCUGAUUACAUUCGUUUCUUUUCUUUCUUUCUUUCUUUAUUUCUAUCUAUCUAUCUAUCUAUCUAUCUAUCUAUCUAUCUAUCUAAAUACAUUCCUAUCUAAAUACACCUGUUUCUUUUCUAUCUAUCUAUCUAUCUAUCUAUCUAUCUAUCUAUCUAUCUAUCUAAAUACAUUCCUAUCUAAAUACACCUGUUUCUUUUCUAUCUAUCUAUCUAUCUAUCUAUCUAUCUAUCUAUCUAUCUAUCUAUCUAUCUAUCUAUCUAAAUCAUCCUAUCUAAAUACAUUCGUUUCUUAUCUAUCUAUCUAUCUAUUAUCUAUCUAUCUAUUAUCUAUCUAUCUGAUUAAAUUCCUAUCUAAAUACACCUGUUUCUUUUCUAUCUAUCUAUCUAUCUAUCUAUCUAUCUAUCUAUCUAUCUAUCUAUCUAUCUAUCUAUCUAUCAUUUGUUGUGUUUAG